AUGCAUCCAUUAAAAUCUAGAAUAGGGAUUUCAGCCACUAGAAAGAGAAGUAGGGAGAAACGUUUUUGGCCUUUAGAGGUAGUGGCAUGGUUGACGAUAGUGAGGGGUGUUGCCGGUAGGCAUAAGACUCUUGAUAAUGGAUUUUGGUGCUUGCGGUUUGCUAUGAAGGAGGAUAACAAGGUUGUUGGUAGUGGAUUUUGGUGGUUAGGUUUGGUGUGGAAAAAGGUACUGGGUGUUGUUACCGAUGAGUUUGCGUGGUCGAAGUUUAGUGUGGGAAGGUCGAGUAUGGUCGUUAGAGUUAGGUGGCUAGUGGUUUAUGGCGAAGUUAGAUGUGGCUAG